AGUCAGGACCCACCGACCACCCCUCUGCUUCGACUCACCUAUCGAUCCAUUCCCAGUCUCUAUCUUUGCGCUAACUCACCAUGAGCGAUCUCGAUAGGGCGAUCGCCCAAUUACGCGCCUGUCGCUUAAUACCCGAAACCCAGGUCCGUGAGCUCUGCUACAAGGCGCGAGAGCUCCUCAUAGAAGAAGGAAAUGUCGUCUGUGUAGAUGCGCCAGUCACGAUUUGUGGUGAUAUCCAUGGCCAGUUUCACGAUCUGAUGGAACUCUUCCGAGUUGGAGGCGAUGUCCCCGACACCAACUACCUCUUCAUGGGCGAUUUUGUCGAUCGCGGAUUCUAUUCCCUUGAGUCAUUCCUCCUGCUUCUCUGCCUCAAAGUGCGCUAUCCAGACCGUAUCACCCUCAUCCGUGGAAAUCACGAGUCGCGCCAAAUCACAACGGUCUAUGGCUUUUAUGACGAGUGUAUCCGGAAGUACGGCAGCGCCAACGUAUGGCGUUAUUGCUGUGAAGUCUUCGACUAUCUGGCGCUAGGCGCCCUUGUUCUUGGAACAAGCUCGGAACUUGAACCGACAGGACCCGUUAUGAACGAUUCUACUCAGUCCACUAUGCCAAUUGACGACGCAGAACUGGAGACCGAAGUACUAAACUCGAAGGGGGAGGUCACAUACAGCUCAUACCGACCAAGACAGAGUGCCUCGUCGGAUGCAUCAUCAGAGAACAGAAACAUAUCGCCAUCAGGGGAUAUCCCAAGCCAGGCACCCCUCAGAACAGGUGCUCCCGGCACAGGUGCCUCGGGAGAAGGUGCGGGUAGCUAUUCGAGCAGAACCGGAGCAGUCCUCUGCGUGCACGGCGGUCUCUCUCCUCUGAUUGACACAGUCGACAAAAUUCGUUUAAUCGACAGAAAACAAGAAGUUCCCCAUGAAGGCGCCAUGUGCGACCUGUUAUGGUCGGACCCUGAUGAAAUUGACGGCUGGGGAUUGAGCCCGCGCGGUGCCGGGUUCCUGUUUGGCGGGGAUAUCGUGAAGCAGUUCAACUACACAAACGACCUAUCCCUGAUUGCGCGCGCCCAUCAGCUUGUGAUGGAGGGCUAUAAGGAGAUGUUCGACGGCGGGAUCGUCACUGUCUGGUCAGCCCCCAACUACUGCUACCGGUGUGGAAACGUGGCAUCCAUCCUGGAACUCGGCGAAGACACAAGCAACGGUGGUACGGUGACGAGGAGCAAUGGUGACUACGGACGGAGCAACGGCAUUAUGACAACUGAUAAGCCAGGCGUGAGGAGUCCCGGAAGAAGGUACAGGGUUUUCGAAGCCGCUGCGCAGGAUACAAGGGGCAUGCCCGCCAAAAAGCCCGUUGCAGAUUAUUUCCUGUGAUACCACUGACGCAUAAUUCCACUUCCUUUCUGUCCUAUCUACAUUCUUAUAUAGGCCGGCCCGUAUCAGCUCUUUUAUUCAAGACCCAGCGAUGAUUCUAGAAGUAUGAUGUUGAGCAUACUUUGCAUUCUGAAGUUGAACCUUGGAGUUACCUUUAUGAUCUGUUGAAAGCGGGGAACGAUCCAUUCUGUCUAUUCAUAUGUCCAUUGGGGUCGAAGUGUCCAUAUCUUACAGAGUGGUUUUAUUCAAUGUCCCGGACGAAUUGUUUCUUUUUCAGCAUAAAUUAUUACAUUGAAUAUAAGAUUUCAGU